AUGAUCCAACCUGGCAGAAGUUUUGCUGCUCCCGGCUUUCCCCUUGAAGGGCAGGGGCGAAUGAACCAGCUUGGGGGGUUGUUCAUCAACGGCAGGCCGCUGCCAAACCACAUUCGCUACAAAAUCGUAGAAAUGGCCCACCAAGGAAUAAGACCGUGUCAGAUCAGCCGUACUCUUCGAGUUUCUCACGGCUGUGUGAGCAAGAUCCUCUGUCGUUACCAAGAGACUGGCUCGAUUAGACCGGGCACAAUCGGUGGCAGUAAGCCCAAGGUCGCAACGGUCGAGGUGGAGAAGCGGAUCGAAGACUACAGAAAGGAUAACGAGGGAAUUUUCAGUUGGGAAAUCCGGGAAAGAUUGUUGAAUGAGAAGAUAUGCGACCAACAAAAUGUGCCAAGCAUCAGUUCUAUCAGCCGGAUUUUACGCCACGGAAAUGGACGGCAUAAAACAAACGAACACGAGAAGGUCUGUCGAGCUGAUGGAAAUGCAGAAAGAGCGAAAAACAGCCACAGUAUAGAAGGAAUUUUGAAUAAAAGAGAUGAAGAACCCGAUUACGAACCUGAACUUCAACCGGAUCUCCCGUUAAAGCAUAAGCAGCGACGUUGUCGAACGACAUUUACAUGUGAACAGUUAGAGCAGCUGGAGAAAGCAUUCGACCGAACGCAUUAUCCUGAUAUUUAUACCCGAGAGGAAUUGGCGCAGAGAACGGGACUGACAGAAGCCAGAGUACAGGUUUGGUUUAGUAAUCGCCGUGCCCGUUGGCGGAAACAAGCUUCUUUUCUCCCAUUGAAUGGGUAUAGUCCAUGGUAUCCUAUGGCAACCACCGGCUCAGUCAUGCCUGUCUCUGCUGGACCACCUUGUGUGCUACCAGACACUAUGCAUAGUUUUCCCUCGCAAGAUUUUUCAUUCCUGCCUCCAUCUCAUCCGAGCAGACUGUAUCAAAAUAGUUUUUAUACUCAGUAUAACCCACCAACAUUCAGCCUGCCAAGUAUGCCAGACCUGUCAACUGGAAGUAAAUCUGUAGUCAGUGGACCAGUACACCAACAUGUGUAUCAGGGUCAGCCAGAAUACGUCCAAUCAUCAUUAUGCAAGAAUCCCAUUGUUAUGAACCGUCCAAUCAUACCACCUGUUUCAAAAUCUCCAGUAUGCAGCCUCCCUAUGAUAGUGAAUCAUCCAAUGACACCAACCGUAACAAACACACCCUGCCAACCGUUUCCAUCACCUCCAUGGGUGCACACCAUGCCAGCUGGGGGACAGGAGCCGUAUCAGCAAGUCUCACAGUUCAGCCCAAAGCAUGGUUUGUACUCGUCUUUUAUGUAA